AUGCAUGGAAAGUGGACAGCUGAAGAAGACAUCUUCGUCACAACCCUGCGGCUAGGCACGGAUUUCAAUUGGCGGGAAAUCGAAACUGAAUUCAACAAAAGGUUUCCCUCAGCCACGCCCAAAGACCUGGAGUCGAGAUACAACAAAGGCUUGAAGCCAGGCAGACACGUUCCAGUGGAUCAAAGGCGAGUAUCGGACAUCAUCGACGACUACCGACACUACGGGCCGCUGGAGGGAGAAACCUCUACUGCAAGGGAAAUUUUGCAACAGGCACUGUACAUCCUGGACUGGUAUCCUCUGCGUCGUUUAUGGCAUUAG